AUGAGGAAAAGAAAGGACACAUGCAAGGUAAAUGUCGAUGGGCAACCAGUUCAUUUGUCUCUGGAGAAGAUCGAAUCUAAACAGUAUAGUGAACAAGUAUUUCUUGGAUCUCCAACAAUGCCAUCUAAAUGUGCUUCUGUAGUGGACAUGUUGGACGAAGAUCCAUUUGAUUACGAUAUCGUGAACAUUGAUACCACACUGCUAAACGUCAAUGAAGGAAAAUCGUUUGAAAUGGCACCUUUGAGAAUGAAACGUUCUAUCGUGGGAGGAUCCUUGGUAUAUAAGCAGCAACCGAUGUUUACUGACUCCGUCAGCUCUAUAUAUUUAAGUAAAGUUAUUAAACCACAAAAAAAAUUCGUCCAUCACAAAAAGGAGAAUUUGACAGUUCAAGGAAAAAACAAUGCUUUUAUGAUAGAACUGUUUGCGAUCCGUGAGGAUAUCGAUGACAGAUCAGCGGCUGAAAUCGACUUUAUUCGAGGAAGGUACAAUCUGGAUUCAUAUCAGAUACACAAAUACCACUAUAUGGGGCACGGCAUAAGAGCUGGAUUCGCGACAAUCAAGUGCGCAGUCUUGUACCCUGUGUUUGAGCCUCAUUUCAGGUUCUUCGCUAGGGAAAUGAUGAGGCUGUCGGGAAACGAUACUCUGUUGUGGCUCACGGCUUAUAGGAACAAAUGGACUAUACACAAAGCUAACUCCAUAGUGGCUUCAAUGGUACCUUUAACGCCAAGAAAUAUUGAGUUCGACUGUGAAGCUAUUCCAGAACUUAAGAAAAUAUGUCUUUUCACUGACAAACUAAUUCCAUUCAGUACCUGGUUCAUCGGGCGUAAAUUUACGACAAUACCCAAAGCUGAUGUGAACACUCGCAUUGUAAUUAUUGGCGGCGCUGCAACUGCUUUAGCUUUCUUAAACGGUUUGCUGUUUAGAAAUAAUUUGUCGACAACGCCGUACAUAUCUUUGGAUAAGCCGAGGUUUAGUGACACAGAGAUCCAAAUAGCCAAUGAUGAGACACCGGAGAAUGUGUUUAUAGUCAAUUCAGUUGUUGAAGCGAAUAAAGCUUUGGACUAUGUCAAGAAAUUUGUCGGCGAUGAUUCUAAGAAAGUCAUAGUAUAUGGGUCUACAAUCCACGCAUACCUAUGUGUCAAUGCACUAUUGGAUAUCAAACUAAAUCCAGAAAAUAUAAUAUUCGUAGAGUCUUUCCCUCCAGAGCAUCCUGAGAAAGCGAGAGUAUCUGUCUUUGAUAAUGAAACUGUGGACCAAACAGUAAUAAAUGUUUUGGAUAACCUUAAGGUAAAAGUCUACCGAUCUUUUUACUUCAAAUCGUGGUCUGUUACAAUCGAUGACGUCAUUACGCACGCAGAUUUCUUGUCCUACUCUGGUUACUUGAAAUUGGAAUGCAGUGCGUUUUUCUAUUACGGGAAAAUUGGAGUUAAUAUGAGAGCUUUUAUUGCUAUCCACAAAAGCGGAUUGGCUUACGAUGGAGGCGUUGUGAUAGACCAUGAAUGUCGUACAUUAGAUCCGUACGUAUACGCAGCGGGUCCUUGCACAAGGUACCACAAACGUUACUACGCGGAUGCACGAAGUCACAAGUACUACGACAGCGAAGAAAUUGGAGAAAAGCUGGGCAUUCAAAUAAGAAAGCAAUUAGACCCGUUAUUCAGUGAGGCAAAACCGCCCUUUUCACAUAAAUGGCCCCAUGAAGAAUUUAUGACAUUUCAUAAAGAAUUUGACCUGUCGGCGACGUUAGGGGCGUUUCGUGACGGACCCCUACAUUUAAGUGAUUACGCGAGACCAGAGAUGUCGUUGCUGCCGUUUAAUAAACCCAAGGUCUCGUACUGCGUCCUACCCGGAGGGCUAAAAUACUUGGAAGUGCGCUCACCAGGUUUGAAGACGCCUCACAAUUACGUGCAAUCAUUGGACUAUAAUGGAUUUGUCUUCGAGACUUAUAAAACAGGUUAUUUCAAAAUACACCUGAAUAGAGAAUUAGUCGUCGACGGUGUCACCUGCCUAAGUCAAGAAAAUUAUUCGCUAGAAAAUUUUAAACGUCUUUAUGGACGACCAGCAUCUGAGCUUAAUAAUAUGCAUUUGAGGUAUAUGGCAAACAAAUUGGAUGACUUCUUUGAAUUUUUCCGAUUGCCGUGGGCGUUCUUUUUGUACCACGACCACGCCGAUGACCUUUUAGCUAUGAUUAAACAGUUGUACCCCAAGGGUCAAGUUGGCGGUAUUACACUCAAAGAAGCGUUAUUUAAAGCAGCUGAAAAGAUGGCUUGUGAUUCUCCGAAAAUCACAACGCCUCUUCCAAAACGAGCCACAGGCCGCGACAUGGUCGUUGAAAAGGAGUCUUAUAAAACGACGACGGGCGAAUACUGUGUGAAGCCAAACCCUAAUAAAGCUAUGGAGAGAUCCGACUGCGCUAUCAACUGUAAAAGAGUUUGCUUUAUGACUGGAGUAGAAAAACGGCUACAAGCCAAAAAUAUAAUACAACCGACAAUGAUAUCAGAAAUGAAAGACAACUUUAGGGGUCUGACAAAAUCGCCAUUGGCUCCACCAGACACCGAUGUUAGAUCUCCUGACCCGGAAUUUAUUUUUGAUGCCGUAGCAGCUGGAAGAAACGAAACUCCAGUAAUAUUUGAUGAUGCUAAAGGAGGUUAUAGGAAGUUACUUGACCCCUACGUGUCGACUUACAGAACUUACCACAGACCGUUUACUCCUGAUGACCAGUAUGGAAUUGGAGCCAAAGAUCACAUCACCUUCUAUUCAGAAUCUAGUACUCCAAAGGUCAAAGGUUUUGGGCCAAGACACAAGGAAAUAUGGAUGCCAUUGACGGCAAAGGUCCAUAGAGGCGUGUAUGAUAGGAUUCAUGUCAAAAAAGAAUACAAAGAGGUAUCUGCUAGUCAUAAUCCAGUGAAGAAUUUAAAAGGAGCAUUUAUAUCCGAAACAAUGAAGAAGUACAAAACGCCGUUUGCGAUAUCAUCCCUCGCAUCUUGGGAUCACGGAGAAGUGUUUGACCUGGCUCCAUUCCCUCCGAAUCCUUACCAGACCAACAUUGCACCGUUCAUGUACUGCAGUGACUAUUGCCACAUCGCUCAAGGAACCCCCCCUUACACAGUAAUCGACCAAUUUGCCCACAACUUACCACCACAUAAAAAAUGCGUCAAAAGAUUUAUCGUGUCAAGCGAUUAUUAA